ACCCUGGUUAACUCUGACAAUCACUUGCGUGCCGAACGCGCUUGCAAACGGAUGUACAUCGGAUGUUUGUCUAUUUUUCCUAAUUGUGCCAUUGAACAUCACAUACUUUCAAUUAAUUGCCAAUGUCCUUGGAAGAAAGUAAAAAAUUCAUUUUAACGGAAUUUCGUAAAGUGCACUUUCAUCUUAUCUCUACGAAAAAGUUUGGCGAUAAGAAGAUCUCACGUGCGUCAAGAUAAUUGCCGUAGAAAUACCAGAGAUAGAAAAAAGCAUAUGAUAUUCUCUCCAGCAGACUUCGCUAGAAGAUUGAAUAACAAGAUACUGAGGUCUCAUCCGCUCGAAAUUCAAUCAAUAAAAACAUCGCUAUGGCUCAAACUCAAAUGCUUCUUCAGGAACCUGGUUGGAAACUAGAAAAAAAAGGUUCAGCUCUCCUUUUGCGCAGAGAUAGCUCCCACCUGAAAACAGCCAGAGUCUGCUUUCGAUGUGACGUAGAGGUUCGUGAAUAUGAAAGAGAUGAAGAAUAUUAUGAUAUGGAACCGGAAGUAGCAGCAAGUCCUCUAGCCAUGUGUGCUAGUUGCUUGGCAGCACUUUGUGUCACUGUCGUUCUUCCUUGGCUCCUAAUUGGCGGUUAAAUUAAAGAAAAAGAAUUACCACUGGGCGAAAAAGGUUCCCGAAACGAAAUUUCUCAUCAAGAGACUACAACAACCUAUGCGGAUUAAUUUCUUAUCGAGGGCACUCACCAAAUCAAGAAGAUCUCAGGAAUGCUUCGAAAGUAGUGAAGAGAAAGGAAGGUCUCUUGGAAAGAUUCUUUCACUCCGAGCGAGCAUCAAUGACCGAAAAUUUCUGCUAAUGGUAUAUUAAGUUCAUCCAAAAUAGACUUCUGCUAAAAUUCCUGAGACUGAUCGUAAAAAUUGUAUUGAGAACAUUUCUUAUUUUUAUGGGUAUUUCAUAGAAACGAAUGAUGUGUUCUUUAUUUAUGUGUUUCAUUCAGUUUACACUGAGCAUUGUUAGGAUUCCAGUUUUAAGUUUUACAGUUUUAAAGACUUGAACCAUUUUUAAAUCUGGGAGUUUGAAAUUGUCAAUUGGAAAAAUUCCCAAACUUUAAACAAUUCUGAUUUUAAAAAGUUCAUUCAGGGAGGGCGGAGUUCAGGUAAAAUCUGGAAAUCAGGAAAAGUUCAGGGAGUUCUGUUGGUUAGGGAAAUUGCGAGAUUGUAAAUUGUAAAAUUAUAAUAUUGUAAAAUUCAACGAAUUUCUGUAAGAAGUGCUUUAAGUAGCUAUAUAGAAUAAUCAGGGCUACCACACCGAAAAUUUUAGUAACAUUUUUUUCUUAAAUUCCUUUUCAGUUACUUUGUUAAGAUAAAGACCCUAUAGUCACUUUUUAAAAUAAAAACAUCAAUUUAUUCGGUCAUAUAGCUAUUUCUGAAUUUUCUUGAAUUUGAAAUCUUUUAGAGUAUUUUAAAAGGUUCGACAAUAUUUUUUAAAAUAAUAAGUAAUUUAAAAGGAUUUAAAAGAUUUCAGGUUACUUAAAAAAUCAAAGGUAUUUUCAAGGACCUUCAAAUGCUUCCAAUCAUUAUGAAAUAUUGCAAAGGAUUGGAAAUAUUUUAGGGUUUUUAUAAAACUUCCAAGUAAUUUUAUAAGAUUUGCGAGAAUGGAAAUGAUCUUAAGGGAUUUUAAAACACUCAAUAUAUUUUCAUAAAUUUGUAUAAUGUUUUAGUAGAUUUUAAAGAAUUUAUUCU